AUGAAUGAAUCAGAGAAAAACCUAAGGGAUUCAGUAAUUGUCAAUGCUACUAAGGAUGAUCCUACAAUGAUUCCUCUUGAUGAGGGAUCUUACAAAGCGUCAAAUACUAAUGACAAGAUACUGAACCUAAAGAAAGGUGGGGAUAGUAUGAAGAAGGAUGGGUAUGAUAUGAUGGAUAUCUUAGUCAAAGUCCACGUUGAGUUCAGAGACAUACCACAACCAUUCUACUACAUGGCUUGCAAGGAAUGCGGCACUGGAACAUCAGCAAUCUAUCAACAAGAUUUCAAAUGCAACAAGUGGUCAUUAAAGCAAUCUGCAACCAACUCAAAGUGUCGUCUAAGAGCUAACAUUCAUGACGAGAGCGGAUCAAUCCAAGCUAGCAUUUUCAGUAGCAUCGCAGAAAAGAUAUUGGGUUUCACUGCAACAGAAAUCGUCGAGAACCCUGAAAAGAUAAACCUUAAAGAAAUACAUGAGUUGUUAGAAAAAAAAAACUUUCUAUUGCAGCUGAGAGGAUCAAAAAGAAUGUACAGGGGGCUUCGAGAUUACUAUGUCAACAAUUUAAUUGAGGAUGACAGUUCUUUUGUGACGCCAUUGCUGAUAACCAAAUCGCAGAUGAAGUACCUGAGGACAACAACACUGAAAUUCCGCCGAUCAAACAAAUAA